AUCCAGAGUCUCUGGUAGAUAAUAAGUAAUGGUUUGUGAUAUCUUAGUUUCUUGUGUCCAACUUGAAACGAGGCCAACUGCUUCGAAAAACUAAGCAAAGUUAGCUCGCUAAUAGUUAGCCUCCUUAGAUGGAAUGGAAACUGCUGCUAGCUAAAAGUUAGCCCACAGACCAGCGAUUUGGUGUCAAGCAGUGCUCGUAAAUAAUACUAAUCCAAACUAAGGUUGCAUUGGGAUGUUAUAUUAUUUGUAACAUCAAGCAUAUAGAUUGUGGUUAAGCUGACACGUUCGUUGGACCUUUUACAUUAGAGGAAAACAGCAGUGAGGAAGUGAAGUUAUAAUGCAACGUAACGUUGAAGUUGCCAAAUUUCCACAACAUUCUGACAGCUAGAGCAGUGUCGGUGUGCUCCUAAUGUCUGUUACCAGUGUUUUGGAGUACGUGUGUACGAUGUCUGUAGGAAAUGCUAGCUCUUUAGGUGCAGUAGUAAGACAGGCUGUAGCUGUGUGUGAAUCAGCUGGAGAAAGCUUUAGUAAAUGCUAACGUGUUGACGUAUUCACACAAGGCGGUGUUUUCAUUCAGAUAUUCAAAAGCCCAAUAAUAAAUGGCUGCAAUCAGAAAGAAACUAGUAAUAGUUGGUGAUGGAGCCUGUGGCAAGACCUGUCUCCUGAUAGUGUUCAGCAAGGAUCAGUUCCCUGAGGUUUAUGUGCCCACCGUGUUUGAAAACUAUGUGGCAGAUAUUGAGGUGGAUGGUAAACAGGUCGAGCUGGCUCUUUGGGACACAGCAGGUCAGGAGGACUAUGACCGACUGAGGCCUCUGUCCUAUCCAGACACAGAUGUCAUCCUUAUGUGUUUCUCGAUUGACAGCCCGGACAGUUUAGAGAAUAUUCCAGAGAAGUGGACACCUGAGGUCAAACACUUCUGUCCCAAUGUGCCCAUUAUUCUUGUGGGCAACAAAAAGGACUUGCGAAAUGAUGAGCACACACGUCGAGAGUUGGCAAAGAUGAAGCAGGAACCAGUAAAGUCAGAUGAGGCCAGGGAUAUGGCCAACAGGAUCAAUGCCUUUGGUUACCUGGAGUGCUCAGCCAAGACGAAGGACGGCGUGAGGGAGGUGUUCGAGAUGGCCACCAGGGCAGCACUGCAGGCCAAGAGACGAGGCAAGAAGGGUGGCUGCAAUCUGCUAUAAAGCGUCAGGUCUCACAGGUUCCGGGGGGAGGGAUGGAUGAUAACAAACCAGGCUAAGAAAAGCAUUUAUCCUCUGUGCGUACUUCUUACAAAGGUGGGCUCAGGUAAAUGGGGUGUUACAGGACCAAGGGAGAAAAGUCAAGCCAGGCCAAAGGAAAAAAACAAAGGUCAAAUAUGUUAGAAAAAGGGACCAUAUACAGUCCAAGGUGAGAGCUUUUACCCCUCAUAUACAAAUACUGUCAUCUUGUGUUUAGGAUUCAUUAGGCCUUAAAGACAUGGGGUAAUUUCUUUUACUCAUAUUUUCUUAUUAUGGUGGGGAUUGUGCUGUAGGUAAGAUUUCUGGCUCUCCUAGUGGAGCAUGAUGAUCUCCUCUGUCCUCCUCUGUUGCUUUAUGGAGAUCAGGGCCAUUAGUGCACAUACAGAUACACAGCCACAUAAAAUACCUGUUAGGACUUUGAAUACUUGCAGUGCAACUGUUCUUAUCUUUCAGUUUCCCCCUCUCCUUUUUUAAGUGUUUGAUUCUCCUUCAUUUCCCUGCAGAGACAUAAAGUAAUCCAACCUUAUAAGGACCCGCUUUUCUCUCUUUUGAACCUGUAGCAUUUUUAUUAAUUCAUUUAAAAAGCUGAGUUUGAUUAUUCGCAUUUGAACUUCAAUGCACGAUGGUAAAGAGACCAACGUAUUUUACUGUUUUAUACAAGCUUUGUAGUGAAUGUAAUGCUUACGUGAUUCAUUUGAUGGAGUUGAACUUGGCUUUUAAGUAAGAAGUCUGUGCGUGGGCUGAUGUGGACUGUCAAACACACUGUAUACAGUUGGUAAUAAAGGGUUAAAACUGUUUUAUCUUCACAGUUGCUGUAAAUUCAAUAAAUAGUCGCAGGACCAGACCAGACAUCUGUUUAGUUGACUGAAAGAAAAUAACUUUCUGCAACUCUUUCGUUAUAUUUCUGUUCAAACAUAGAACGUGUCAAAUAUUGGGAUCAAUUUUCUCAUAUACCUAAUAAAUCUCUAUAAUACCUAUUGUAAUUUGGGUUUGGAUGGGAUUUCUAAGUGGGAUUGUGGGUUUUGAAAGGUCCUAAACCUUUAUAAGUUCUGAAAAAUAAUAUAACAACUAAACUGUAGCUCAAAAAUGUCUAUCUGAGCCAAACUGUAGAUUUGAAAAAUGAUGGCAAUCAUAUUUCCCAUAAAAUGUGUCAGUUUUAUGGGAAGACACAGAUGUAUGUCCCAUUUGAUGACUAAUUUUCAUAUUAAUGAAAUGCUAAAAUAAAUGAAUGUACACUCUAAAACAAGGCUUUUAAUUGGAUACAUUUUCGCAGGCGCUAAAGACUAAAACUGGAAAUAUAUAUCUGCAGCAGAUGUGAAAGAAAAAAUGUACUGAUGGAAAAAGUGAUUUUAGAUGUCUAUUCAAGGUUUGAGAUUACAGUACAUUUAAUUCAACCCCAUUGUUGCUCCACCAGUUUUGACUUGAUGAUUUACAGUGGACCUGAUUACCAGGAGGUUGUUGGAAGUGUUUUGUUUCCUCUCUGCCAGUUCACUCCUCAUUUAUACAACUUUUUCCUUUUUGCUUCAUACUGUUGUAUGUUAUUUUACCUUUAUGUGAUAUUCUACUGGCUUACAUUGUAUUUUUUGCACACAACAUAAAACAAAAGGUCAGUGUGGUAUACACAUGAUGUCAAAUUCUGAAAUGCAGAAAUGCAAGUGACUCCUAAAGAAUUGGUUUAUUUGUAAGAGGAUUAUUCUUUUGUAUUCAAAUGUAUCCUUGUGAUUCUCCAGCUGUCUUUUAUAACGUAUUCUAAAGGAAAUAAAUUGUAACAGAAUGACCACA